AUUGGAUCUUGGCAAACCAUGCUAUCCAUUGCGAGGUAGGCAGGGGGAGAAGGGGACUGUGCUGCUGUUAUUUCGAGAAUCGAGAUUGACGUACUUCGCCUAACCCAGGUUGAGAGGUUGGACAGUGGAUUGGCAGCAAGUCGCCGUGAUUGUGGCAUAGACGAACAGGCGGGCGAUAAGGAUGAGCGGAGGUUGAGAGCUCGGUGAGUGGAGGAGGAAGGAGCGCGCCCCACGUGGUGAGCUGCAGCCUCGGACGCUCGAUGUCAGCUCCGGCCUGAGGUGAGCUCAGUCCGCCAUCUCUGGCUGCCCUCAUCGCUCAUCUUCCCCCAUCAAGCGAGCGCCACCAGCCAUGUCUUGGUACUCGCCCCGCAUGAGCGUUUCUUCCUCCUCAUCAGCUCACACGCUCGAUGCUCAGCAGACGCCAGCAGCACCGCAGCAGCCGAUAGCGCCGAGGCAGCCCGUGCCACAGACGCCGGAGAGCGUCAAGGACUUGGGACCUGAAGUCUGCUACGAUGUGGGCGCAUUUCGAGAGCUCAUGCGUCAAUAUCGCCAACUAGACGACGGGGUCACAACUCGCCUCAACAGAGCCUUGGCGCGCUCACGUUCCUCAGGGUUGACUCACUCCCCAAGCCUGCUGUAUGACCCCCACUCCUCUUCCUCGCCUUACCUCUCCCCGUCGAACGACAAAGCCCAAGCUCAAGCCUCUCAACCACCCGCACGUCCCUCUGACCUAGGUACCUCGACAUACGGCUCCCUGCCCCCUGCAGCGUGCCUCGAGCUGUGGCGCGAGCUCACGGGAUACUGGCGUGGCAGGCAGGAAGUAAUUCGCUUCUGUACCGCGACCGUAGAUGCGAAUGCCGACCUGCAGAGGGUGAGGGAGGCAGCGGAGGAUGUGCAGAGGCAGAGAAGGGAAGCAGACGAUUCCUCGCUAUUGGACGCCGAUGCCGCCAGAGUAGCAGGCUCGUCCCAAUCAGCAGGCGGCCGCAGGCUUCAGGUCAGCUCCUCCCCAACUGAGCCCCCAUCACGUUCACGGGCAGAGACGAGCGAAGAGGCGCUGCGUCGUAUGCUGCACAACGAGGAGACGGUCGACUCCAUCGUGCGACAGCGCAGUUUGCAGGCAUUCAAGGCUAGAUGUAACCUCUUCCGUCUGCCGGAGGGGGCGAGUGGGGAGGAGAGGGAAUUCUGGAACAACGGAGGGACGGCGAGGAGAUGAUGCAUGUGUAGCGCGCAGAGGAAACCAAUCUAUUGAGGAAAGCAGUACAAGAGGA